UCCAGUCUGAUCUACAGCCUGGGAUUUCCUGCAAGUCCAGGUGUUAAUCAGAUCUGAACCUGCUUCAUUUAAAAAAAAAAAAAAACAGGUUCUUCCCCCGGGAAAUACCUUCCAGAUGCCUCCCUGGUGUGUUCUGAUUCGUUCAGAAACGGACUAGAUACGGGCAAGUGGGCACCGGCAUGCAAAUGGGAAGAUGCAAGUGAGAGAGAGAGGAGAGAGAUGGCUGAAGUUAAUAUUUUGUUCCUUCCCAGGGUCAUCCAUCUUCAAAUUAAAGGACAGCAGUCUUGUGAAUAUAGGUGCAAGUUAAUGAUUAAAGUGAUGUUUAAAGUGAAUAAAUCACAGGCUCCUGCAGGAAUUUGUUUGUCUUUGCCAGCUGAAGAACGGUCAAGGUGCCCUUGGAAGGAAACCUUGCUAAAGUAAUUCCAUUGUCCUUUAAGGACUUCUCAGUGCCCUUAAGCCAGCAGCCAUUGGUAGCUUGUAGACUUAUUCCGAGGUAGAUAACUUGGUUUUUACUCCAUUCCGAGUUGGUGUCAUUGCUUUUUGGCCAAACUCAGCCUUUUUCCAUGGGUGGGAAUUCUGCCACCCCCACCUCCCCCCCAAAAUUGCUGUGUUUGUUAAAGAGCAAAGCUGGAUCUCCUAUAAGAGCUUGGAGCACGUUCUGAAACAUGAGAGAUGUUCCUACAGAAGAGAGGAGGUGGGAGGAAGAAGAGUUUAAAUGGCUUUUACGAGAAGAAGUUCAUUCCGUCCUUCGUCAGCUGCAAGAGAUCCUGAAGGAGGCUUCUCAUCGGUUUAAUUUGCCAGUGAGCAGCUCAGAGGGGCCUGUCAAGCAGGAGAACUUCAUCCUGGGCACUUCCAACGCUGACCAGGUGAAGGGAAUUCUAACCCUCCAGGGAGAUGCCCUGUGCCAGGCGGAUAUUAACUUGAAAAUGCCCAGAAAUAACCAACUGGUGCACUUUGCUUUCCGGGAUGAUAAACAAUGGAAACUACAGCAGAUUCAGGAUGCCAGGAAUCACGUCAACCAAGCAGUCUACCUGCUUACCAACCGGAGUGCCAAUUAUCAGUUCAAGACAGGAUGCGAGGUUCUCAAGCUGAUGGAUGCUGUGAUGCUGCAGCUGACAAGAGCCCGGAAUCGACUCACCACUCCCGCCACUCUGAGCUUACCAGAGAUCGCUGCCAGUGGACUCACGAAAAUGUUCACUCCAGCUCUGCCUUCAGAUAUCCUGGUCAAUUUCUAUAUCAACCUAAAUAAGCUCUGCUUAACUGUCUAUCAGUUGCACCCUUUGCAGCCCAAUUCCACAAAGAACUUCCGGCCAGCUGGAGGGUCCAUCCUACACAACCCUGGGGCCAUGUUCGAGUACAGUAACCAAAGAUAUGAAGUCAGCCACGUGCACAAGGUAGAGUGCGUCGUGCCCUGGCUGAACGAUGCCCUCGUCUUCUUCACUGUCUCCCUUCAGCUUUGCCAGCAGCUCAAGGAUAAGAUCGCUGUCUUUUCUGGCUACUGGAACUACCGACUCUACUGAUCCUCCCGCAAAGAGCGGUCCAGUCAGUUUCAGCCACUCCCCUCCCGCGAAGACCUCACAAUAUAAACUAUAUCUGCGAGGAAUCGCUGGAUUCUACCAUUCCAUGGUAGCUGAUGGGUAGGAGGCAGUGGCUGGCAUUGGCAUCUUCGUAUUCAGAAUGUCAUUAUUUAUUAGCACUUUAGAAGUAUGUACAUUUCUUUCCAUGGGAUCAAAGCCAGGCUGAGCCAAUAAACACUGGUCAAACCUCACCCCGUUGGAAGGGGAAAAGGGGUUAAAAACAAGAGUGGGAACAAAUUGCAGGUUAUGCUGCCUCUGUGUUACGCUUGUCUCUGGCCAGAAAAACCAGCCAAGAGGCGGACACUCCCUGUUCCUUCCUUGGCUAAUCCUUGUCAUAUUUUGGGUUUUGUUCUCACUCCUGCCAGCCCCUUUUCUAGUCUUUUGCACCACAGUGAUUGUUCAUUUCCAUAACAUUGUCUUUGAAACGUUAAGGGACGUCUUUGGAUGUGGUGGUGGGUUACCACCUACUUUUUAUAAGCAGAGAGGCACUGCUUAUUCAUCAGGUCUUCCAGGGAACCAUUUCUGGCCACCAAGCAGUAGGACAUACCAGGGUGGUCUUGGUAACAAAGGGGUUCAGUUGCUGCUAAAUAUAUGUGAAUCAUUCCUUGCACCUAUAUCUUGUGUGGAAUAAAUAUCCCUGAUUAUUGUGG